AUGAAUGCACUAGCAAUGCUUUGCAGUGCUUGCAAUCCUUUACUUUAUACUCUCUUCUCUAGAAGAUUUAGAACAAGAAUAGCAGCUUUACUUUGCCCUUACUCUUUUGCUAAAAAAGUUUCAGCAGUAAAGGCAGGUGCUAGCAGUGUGAUGACAACUAGAAGAGCUUCAAAAUUAUCACCAACUAUGACAAAUGGGGGUGGAUUGUUAUUGACACAGUGGAAUUCAAUAAACAGUAGUAGCUAUUGUGGAGCUACCCACCGUUUAAUGAGUACAUAA